CCUCCUUACCUUGAGCUUACUUUUAUUGCCAAGUUAGGGCCGGACGAACUGAGGCAUAUCUUUAUAAUAUUAUCCAACAAUCCCAAAUCAAGCGUUCUCGUGGCCAUGGAAGGAAGAGAGAAUGGCAAUGAUAGAGCCGAGAAAGCAGAUAUGGAGGUGGAUGUGGCGAUUGCAGGAGGGGGUUUGGCUGGGCUUUCUCUAGCAGUUGGGCUUCAUCAUCGUGGGAUUGACGCCUAUGUUUUUGAGAAGGCACCUCAUCUCAGAAUGGAUUCCGCAACUGGCGUCAGCUUGGCACCCAAUGCAAUGAGGGCCCUCGAGGGUGUGAAGCCUGGGCUUUCCAAGCAAUUUGAGGUGAUAGCGAUGUGGACUGCUGUAUAUCAUGUGGUAAGGUAUGAGGACGGAAGUGAAACGAGGCAGCUCAUGCCCGGAGAGUAUAGCAUGGCAGGCUGGAGGUUUUGCCAACAGGUGCUAGCAAAUAAUGUGGACAACUCCAAGGUUCUCUGUAAUCACCGUUUUCUGUCUUAUAAGACAGUACAGGGCGGUGUGGAGGCGCAGUUUCUGGUGAAGGGUGAGAAUGGGGAAGAAUCAGAUUGUAUAAAGGUGGUGCGUGCCAAAUUGUUGGUGGGAGCAGAUGGAUUAUGGUCCAGAGUGCGACACAUCAUGGUCGGGGAUCGUCCUCGUUAUCUCAAUUACCUCAACUGGAAUGCGCUCGUCUACACGCCCAAUGGAAAAGUUUUCAAUUACAACAAAGGGGAAGUGAACAUGAUUCACAGUAGAGACGAACGGGUUGUCGCCUACAUGAGUGAUAUAGGGCGUGGUUAUUGCCUUUGGCUGUUGAGAUGUCUGGACACGGACGGUAAACUGGAGAAAGAUUUUGAGGAGAGGUUCAGCGCGGGGUUGGACAAAAGGGUAUCGAAGCAACGGGCACUAGAUAUGCUCAAGCAAAUGAAGGGGUGGGAUGACUUGAGAGCCGCCAUUGAAGCCACAGAUCACAACUUAAUAUAUGAACGUAGAUCAAUGGACAGAUUGCCCCUCGACAAGUGGACUGAUGAAGGUGGUCAUGUUCUGCUUAUCGGGGAUGCGGCGCAUGGCAUGUAUUCAGGAGCGGGAAUGGGAGCAAGGACAGCCUUCGAAGAUUCGGAUCAGUUAACGGUGGAGUUAGAGAAGGCAUUUAAGACUUCUAACAUAGAGAAGGGCAUUCAAGAUGCCCUUCAUAGGUUUGAAUUCCAGAGAAUCACACGAGUUUGUAAGAUUCAAAGAUUUGCUAGCGACAUGACGGAACAGGAAUGCUUUCAGUCGGAGGAAGCGCGCAGGCUCGUAGCAGAGCAGAAAGCUGAAAGAUUCAAUGAGUUUACCAAGUGGACGUGCCAAUACCCUUUUAACAUGCAAGGCGAUGUUAACUCGACAUGGUGCAAGCCUUAGCAUACUUCUCAGAUGUUAUAAAGUUUCAUUUUCACUCCAUCAUUUUGAUUAUUUCUCCCAUCAUUUCAGACUACAUAGAACUAACUAUGAACAGUA